CGUGGCUACAGAUUUUACGACACGCUAUGUGGCCGUCCUCCGGUCGAUGCCCGGCCAUAGCCAUACUUACAGAAACCCUGCGUACUGGGCCCAGGUGUCAGUGACCCACACCCACUGCUCGCUCCCUCCCCCGAAACUGUCCACGCCUCCGCUCAGCUCCGAGUAGUCGGAGGCAGGCAGCGAUGGCCUCGCCGGCGGUGGCGAUGCGGCGCCCGUCCCCCACCGUCCUCGCCUCCGCCCCUCGCCGCCGUCCCCGCCGUCACCAGGAGUAUUCACCUUCCAACAUGGGCUCCCCAAGCUCGGCUUCACGGUUAAAAGUUACUGCACUUUUUGGGUGGAUCAAGGGAGAUAGAUAUUCGAGAACUCGUGAAUUGAUCCCUUCUGCUGAAUCGUACACUCUCACAGGGUCAGCCUCAGAGGUGGACAUGAAGCCACGUGAGGUAUCGAUUUCUGUUGUCUCUUCUAUUAUGGACAUACCUCCGGCAGAGUGGGAUGCAUGUGCAGUUGAUUCAGUUGAGCCUGAAAAGUUUAAUCCUUUUCUUACACAUGCAUUUCUCUCAAGCUUAGAGGAAUCAGGUUCUGCAGUGAAGGAAACAGGGUGGUUACCUCUGCAUGUUGUUGCACGGGACGAGAACCAAAAUAUUUUAGGUGUUGUUCCGCUUUACCUUAAAAGCCAUUCUAGGGGUGAGUUUGUAUUCGAUCAGUCAUGGGCUGAAGCUUACCACAGCUAUGGACUUGAAUACUAUCCAAAGUUGCAGUCUUGUGUCCCUUUUACUCCAGUAACUGGUCAAAGAAUAUUACUUCGGGAUACAUCCUACCGGGAUCAAGUUUUUGAUGCUUUAGUAAAAGCUUUGAAGAAUUUGGCUACCAAGUUGAAUGUGUCAUCACUGCAUAUAACUUUUCCAUCUGAAGGUGAAUUUAGCAAGUUGAAGGAUAGUGGAUUGUUGCAAAGAGUUGGGCUGCAAUACCAUUGGACAAACCGAAAUUACAAAUGUUUUGAUGAUUUUUUGAUGGAUUUGAAGCAGCCCAAACGGAAGAAUAUCAGACAAGAACGUAAAAAGAUUCCUGCCCAGAACUUAAAAAUGAAGCGCCUCCGAGGAGAUGAAAUAAAGAGCAGCCACUGGGACACCUUCUAUAGAUUCUACCGUAACACAACUGAUAAUCACUGGGGCAGAGCAUACUUGACGCAGGAGUUCUUUCACCUUUUAGGAGAAAAGAUGGGCGACAAGGUAAUGCUAAUUGUUGCUGAACAUGAUGAUAAAGUUGUCGCUGGAGCUCUUAAUCUUAUUGGAGGCGAUACAUUAUAUGGCCGCUUAUGGGGAUGCCUACCAGAUGCUCAUUUCCCCAAUUUGCAUUUUGAAGCUUGCUAUUACCAGGCAAUCGAAGCGGCCAUAGAACUAAACCUGAGUAAGGUGGAAGCUGGUGCCCAGGGAGAGCACAAGAUCCAGCGUGGUUACCUCCCUGUGACAACUUACAGCUGCCACUACUUCUUAGAACCUGGUUUUGCGACAGCUAUUGGAAAUUUUCUUGUACAUGAGACAGCUCAGGUUAAGCAUGUCAUCAAUGUCCUGCAUGAAUCAGGUCCAUACAAGGAAGACAUAUUGAAAGAAUUUGCACCUCAACCAGACGGUGAAAUGUAGAACAGAGGAAGGAACUUGCAGCUAUGCAUAGAACGAUAAUUACAACAGACGUAGCAGUAGGAAGACGAGCAAUCACAUGCCGCAGGAGGCAAUAUUGUGAUUUCAAUGGCUCGGAUCCCUCACCCACCUUUGUACAUUAAUUAUUACUAGGCAUGUAAAUAGCAAACAUUUUAUCUGGAAUCAUCCAAUAGAAAGGUCCCAUCUUAAAGCAAACAUUCUAUCACGCAA